AUGGAGACUAAAUUGGGUGGUAGCAAAGCCAAGGAAAUCACAGAUAGGCUGCCUUUUGAUGGAGCCAUUCAUACGGAGACAAUUGGUUUCACUGGUGGGUUGUGGUUGCUGUGGAACGAGGAUCAAGUGGUAAUUCAGGAGCUAGCUAAAACUGAGCAGGAAAUUCACGUAGAAGUAAUGGUAUGUGCCUCAAAUCUCUCCUGGAUUUUCUUUGCUAUUUAUGCUAGUCCUAGGAAUAAAGAGAGAUGUGUUCUCUGGAGCAAUUUAUGUAAGGUUGCAGAUUUACAUAAUAAGCCAUGGAUUAUGGUGGGCGAUUUUAAUGAACCUCUGGUGCAAGAGGAUAAAUUUGGAGGCAGGGGUGUUAGUGUGAAUCGGUCUCUGGCCUUUAAAGAUUGCUUAGAUUUAUGCAAUAUGAUUGAUAUGGGUUUUGGUCCAAGGUAUACCUGGACUAACAAAUGGGAUAUUAACAAUCUCAUUUUGGAAAGAAUUGAUAGAUUUUUCAUGAACCCGGAGUGGUGUGUUCUCUAUCCUGAUGCAAAAGUUUCUCAUCUGCCCCGUUGCCAUUCUGAUCAUUGCCUGGUUCUAAUGGAGACCGUUCUGGGUAGAAGGGUUCGUCUCAACAGACCCUUCAGAUUUCAAGAAUUUUGGUUGUCAGACCUAUCCUUUCCCAAUGUAGUUUCUAGUGCCUGGAGUAGGGACAGGAACUUAGCUGAGUCUAUUAAGGGAGACCGCAAUACAACUUUUUAUCAUGUAUCUGCCUUAGCUAGAAGGAAAAGGAACCAUAUUGCCUCAGUCAAAGAUGAGAGGGGUUUGUGGUUAUCUGAUGAGAGUGAAGUCAUGGAGCACUUUAGAAGUGGUUUUGUUUCCCUGUACACCACUUCUCUUGAGGCAGCCUUUCGGGUUCCAAGCCAUGAUGUUUCUUGGCAAAUUCAUUUGACUGAGCAAGCUAAGGCAUUAAUUGGUGCCAUGGUCACCAUGGAAGAAAUUAAAGAUGCUUUAUGGUCCAUGAAACCGUAUAAGGCUCUGGGUCCGGAUGGUCUUCAUGCUGGUUUCUUCCAACUUUUCUGGCUUGUAGUUGGGGAUUCUGUUAAGGAGGAAGUUAUGAGAGCUUUCACUGAGAGAAAUGUUCUCGAUUAUCUCAACAAAACCCUUAUUGUGCUCAUUCCCAAAAUCCAAGGCCCUGAAACCAUUGGAAAUUAUAGACCAAUUAGUCUCUGUAAUAUUAUCUACAAGAUCAUCUCCAAGAUUAUUGUUGCUCGAAUCAGACCACAUUUGGAGCAACUUGUCUCGCCUUAUCAAACGGCUUUUGUGCCGGGUAGAAGAGGAGCCGAUAAUGUUAUUAUUGUUCAAGAGUUGAUUCAUACCAUUGGUAGAACCAAAGGCAACAGGGGGUAUAUGGCUAUCAAGAUUGACCUUGAAAAAGCUUAUGACAAAAUUGAAUGGAGCUUCAUUAGGGAAAUGCUUCUCAAGUUCAACUUCCCUGUGAACCUUAUUGAUAUUAUUAUGAGCUGCGUUUCCUCGGUGUCGACAUCUCUUCUCUUUAAUGGUGGCUGCCUUGACUCCUUUUGCCCCACUCGAGGUAUUAGACAAGGGGACCCCCUGUCGCCUUACCUCUUCAUUUUUUGUAUGGAGUUUCUGGGUCACUUGAUUCAAGAGAAAUGUGACGCCAAGCUCUGGUUGCCAGUGAAAGCUUCUAGGAGUGGGCCUUCCUUCUCACACUUAUUUUUCGAGGAUGACUUGGUCCUUUUUGCUAGAGCAGAUUCAGAUAACUAUCAAGCCAUAAAGGAUGUCCUUCAUGAGUUUUGCUUGAGAUCUGGGCAGAGCGUGAGCGAAGCCAAGUCUCGUGUGUUCUUCUCCCCUAAUGUAGAGCCGGAUCAAAGAAACAUCCUCUCUGGUAUUCUUGGGUUUUACUCAACCCCUAACCUUGGCAAGUACCUGGGGUUUCCCUUGAAGCAUUCAGGUGACCGAAAGCAUGAUUUUGAUUUCGUCCUUGAUAGAGUCAAGAAAAAGUUGGCAGGGUGGAAAGCUAACUUACUCUCUGUGGCUGACCGAGUGGUUCUCAUUCAUGCCUCCUCCUCAACCAUCCCAAACUAUGUGAUGCAAUAUGCUCCUCUUCCUAGUAAAAUUCUUAAGGGUAUUGAUAGGGUCAAUAGGAAUUUCCUUUGGAGCUCAACGGAUCAUGCUAAGAAGAUGCAUUGGGUUAAUUGGGCUGAAGUGACAAAACCAAAGGAGGCAGGAGGUUUGGGUUUGCAAUCUGCUAAAGGUAGAAACAUGGCUCUCCUAGCCAAGCUCAAUUGGAGAUUUCAUACAGAGAGGAAUGCACCAUGGGCUAAGGUUCUCAAGUUUAAAUACUGCACUAGACAAAGAAUUAACUCUAGGAAUGAAGCGAAACUCCCUAUGUCUCCAGUUUGGAAAGGGAUGAAAAGGGGCGAGGAAGUCUUCAAAAAAGGAGUAAAAUGGAUUCCAGGCCAUGAAAGCUGUCUAAAUAUCUGGUUUGAUUGUUGGUCUAACAUUGGUCCUAUUAGGCCUCAUAUCCAAGGCCCGCUCCCACAAGACUCUGUUAACUUGCAAGUCAAAGAUGUGCUCUCCCUAGUCGGAUGGGAUUGGUCUAAUAUCCCUUUUAAGCUACCCCCUGAAGUUAAAGCUGACAUUCAAGCUGUCCCCAUUCCUAUUGUGACUAGGUGCAAUGAUAAAAUGGCUUGGAAGUUCUCCCCUAGAGGGGAUUUUGAUAUGAAGAGUGCCUAUAGCCUUGCCAUUAACUCUUCAGGCAAUGAGUCUUUCUCUGGUUCUUGGAUUUGGAAGCUUCCAUCCUUGCCUAGAAUUCAAAUGUUUAUUUGGAAGUGCAUGCAAAAGAGCAUAGGUGUGAAGGAAUGCUUAGCAAACAGAGGUAUCCCUCUAGAAACCACCUGUCCUCUAUGCCACUCAGAAGCUGAAUCUAUCUUACAUGCCCUUCGCGAUUGUAGCUUGGUUAAACCCAUAUGCUUUGGGAUCGGCAGCAGGGGGGGUGGUUUGAUUAGAGAUAGCAGGGGCAAUUGGGUGACCAGCUUUACAAGAAAACUAGGGAAUGCUAACAGCUUCACUGCGGAAGUUUGGGCUCUCCGUGAUGGCUUGAUGUUGUGCGUUCAAAAGAAGAUUCCAGCUGUUAUUGUCGAGAUGGAUGCAAAGGCUUUGGUUGAUGCAUUGAACAAUCCUUCUUACCAAAACUUAGUGAUCUCUCCUAUUUUUGAAGACUGCAAAAAUUUGAUUCCGCAGAUCCCUCAAGUUCGUAUUAAACAUGUCUAUCGUGAGGCAAAUAAAUGCGCCGACUGA